CGCUGUUGCUGUCGUCUUCGUCUGCAUUUUUUAACCUUCUUAAAGAUAAUAGAAGUUCCUGAUGCUCUUUCCAUUGACUUGCUGAAUCAGAGAGCUGAGCGGGAGAUGGGAGUCAUGUAUGAAUAUAUAUGUAUAUAUAUAAUAUUUUUCAAUGCCAGAAUUGGAGGUUUGGCAAAUUCAUUUAUAAGUAGCAAAAGUUAUUUGACUUGUGUGCUGUGUCUCCAGUUGAAGAUUGGAAUGCACAGUGCGGGGUAAAAGAGUUUUGUAGACCUGGCUUGGAACUGAAUUAUUAUUCGUGUCUGUUCUUGCCGCUCAGUAAAAGCCACUUGCCUUGCAGUGACAAAGACAUCGAGAAAGGCUUCCAGUCGAAACGUUGCUCAUGGCUUAUGAAGUCUCUGUUAGUAUUUUUAAAUGUAGCUCCGUUCGUGGUUCACAGUUCUGAACGAUGCUUGCUUUAAUUACAGCACACUGUGGAGAAGAACCAGACUGCGUAAAGGGGAGCCGUGAUUGGUCAGCUGUCUGCCAAUGACCUUCUUACAAAUGGCAUCUUUUUUUCUUAGUCCUGUUUCUCAGACUGCACUCUGUCACACAGUGACCACUGCUCAAUUGAUCACAGGGAGCUCUGUGCAGCAUACCAAUGCAAUGCAAUGCAGUGCAAUACAAUGUGAAUUUAUUUGUGUAAGGCUCCCUUCACGCCACAGCAUCCCAGAGCGCUGUGCAAAAUCACAAACACAGCAGGAGAGCUCAUGUGUACAACACACUCCCAGCUACAACCGAUUAUAGAAACACGAAGAACAGAUGCCUUCAAUUUAGACUUAACCCAGCGUCAACAGGGGUAGAGUUCCACAAGCAAGCAGAAAAAAAAAACAACUUCAGUUGAUUUAAGAUGAUUUAUCGGAAGAACUGAGAAGAGGUCUGCGUUUGCUGAUCUCAAUGAAGGAACAGGAAUAUAUACAGUCAGCUCUGCAGGAUGCAACAAUGAAGCUCUGGUAAAGGAAACUCCGCUGAAGACGGCGCAAACAGCCCCCGCUGUUGAAAUGGGUCCCCCUGUCAGAAUACAUCGCCCCCUGGUGGCCGCCUCUCUCAUGCUUUGCUUGGUCCUCCUGACAGAUGGCACAAGCUUCCCCAAAGACCUGGAGCCAAUCAGCAGAGUCAGCCAUCAGUAUUCUUUCCUGUAUCCCACAUUUCAAGGUCUGCGUUCAGACAAUGAGACAGUCAGACUAGGGCUGGACUUCCAAAGAAUGACUCGAAUCAACCAAAUGCUGUACAUUGCUGCCAGGGACCACGUCUUUGCCAUCAAUCUGAGCAGCUCUGCCGAGGAGAUUCUACCACAGCGAAAGCUAUCUUGGAAAACAAAGCCAGAAGAUCUGAAGAAUUGCGCUAUGAGAGGGAAAAACAAUGACGAAUGUUACAACUACAUCAGAGUCUUAGUACCUCGUAAUGACCAGACUCUCUUUGCCUGUGGGACAAAUGCCUUCAACCCCACAUGCCGCUAUUAUAAGAUGGUCUCUCUGGAGCAGGAAGGGGAGGAGCUUCUCGGUCAGGCCCGCUGUCCGUUUGACUCGAAGCAGCCCAACGUAGCCUUAUUUGCAGAUGGCAAUCUGUACUCUGCAACGAUGGCAGACUUCCAAGCCAGCGACGCGGUCAUCUAUCGAAGCCUAGGGGACAGGAGUCCGGUUCUCAGGACAGUGAAGUACGACUCCAAGGUGCUUCGAGAACCUCAUUUUCUUCACGCUGUUGACUACGGAAAAUACGUCUAUUUUUUCUUCAGUGAAAUCGCAGUGGAAUACACCACUUUGGGAAAGGUGGUGUUUUCCAGAGUGGCCCGGGUUUGUAAGAACGAUCUCGGAGGUUCUCCUCGUGUUCUGGAGAAGUACUGGACCUCGUUCCUCAAAGCUCGGCUCAACUGCUCCAUCCCGGGGGACUCCUUCUUCUAUUUCGACGUCCUGCAGUCGCUAAGCGCCGUGGUGGAGGUGAACGAUCGCCCUGCAGUCGUGGGAGUAUUUUCCACGCAGGCAAACAGGUACAAGCGCGAUCCACGAUUUAUUUGUAUCUACUGAUGCAUGCAUAUAUAUAUAUAUAU